ACAUUAUUUAACGUUAUCACAUUGUCAGUCAUUAUGUGCGAUAACCUACAUCUAAUCAUCUAUAUCAUUUUCGUCACUCUAGCAACAAAUCUAUCGACUUUUAUUGAGGCUAUCAAGAACAUCUUCAACAGCUUUGGUUGCGCUAAAACCACAAAGAAUGACGAUGCAACCCGUUUUGGUUACCAUGUGGAAUUCCUAUACAAGAAAAAUCACGUUGUCGGAUUGAAUGUGUGUAAUGCAUUACCAUUGGAAACAACACGGGUUGUUUCGCAGAAACCGGGUGAACGUAAUUUCAACGUCUUCUACGAAAUAUGUGCUGGCAUGCCAUCCGACGUCAAAGCCACCUACGGUAUUCGUGAACAACAGAAAUUCUUUUAUCUGUCACAGGUUAGUGUCGCAAAUAUUGCUCAGGACGACUUCGACAAAUUUGGACGACUUGAUUCGUCACUGGAGAUUGUCGGAUUCUCCGACGAACAACGACAGACCAUAUACAAGAUUCUAGCCACUAUUUUGCAUCUUGGAAACAUGUAUUUCAAGCAGCGAAGGAACAUUCAAAGCGAAUCUGACUAUGUGGAAGUGGGCAAUGAUGUCGAAUUGAAGUGGACUUCCUACUUACUUGAAGUGGACAUAAAUCGCCUCAAAACGAAUGAGGGUUUUGCGAAAACGGCAUGUAACAUGAGUCAAGCUCUUGAUACCCGAGAUGCUGUAGCUAUGACUCUCUAUGAAGUUCUGUUCAGUUGGAUUGUGAAUAAGAUCUCGUCACACUUCAAAUGUGCUGACUAUAAUGCCGUUAUCAGUGUCAUUGACUGUUAUGGUAUUGAGCGCUAUAACAAUAAUGGCUUGGAACAGCUACUGAUUAACACUGUAAAUGAGAAGUUGGAGAACGUUUUCAUAAAGCAAACAUUUAUAAAUGAAAUGGCGAACUAUGCUAGUGAAGGCCUGAUAUUCGACUGGAAGAUCCCACCGACGUUGGAAAAUGACAAAGUUAUUGAUUUGCUAUGCAGAAAACCAAACGGCCUCCUACAUCUUAUCAAUGAUGAGUGCAAAUUUCCCAAGACGUCUGACGAGUCGUAUCUUCGGCAUUGCAAUCUCAAUCAUCUGGAUAAAAACGUUUACGGAAAGGCGAAAAAUAAGGAUAAGCAACAGUUGUCGAUCCGGCAUUCAUUCGGCACGACAUGGUAUAGCGUCCACGGUUUUGUACAACGAAACAGACGUUCCUUACCCACUCAAAUUGCCAGUGUUCUGUCCAGGAAUCGAGAGAAUGCCAACUACAAUGUGUAUGCCGCAAAUCAAUUCAAUACAAGUUCAACUGCGUUGACUGAAAAAAUCCUUAGUAGUCAGUCACACUUCGUUCGCUGCCUGAAAUCAAACAACGAGCGUCGUCCGGCCAGCCUCGACCCAGCAACAUUGGCUCGUCAACUGAAGGCUUUCUCUGUCCUGGAAACACUACAUUUUCGACAAAUAGGAUUUCCAUUACGAAUUCCAUUUAAGCGAUUCACGCAGAGUUACCGCUGCCUUUUGCCGUCUGAAAUUGCUCUUUGUCAGAAUCAGAAAGAAAUUAUUAUUGAUAUUCUUGAUGGACAAGGUGUCAAGUUUGUGAAUGAGUUUCGAAUUGGGACCAACUAUGUGUUCCUGCGUGAUCGACUUGCCGAUCAACUGCAGACGACUUCCGAAAGAAUCCAACGCGAUGCUGCCUACGUCAUUCAGAAGACAAUUCGUAUGUACGUAGUGCGAAAGGAAUACCUUCGUAAACGUAAUGCCGUAGUUCGGAUUCAGGCCGGAGUUCGAAGUUGGAAGGCGAGGAAAGAGUCCUGUAUUCUUCGUGAGCAGACUUUCAAGAAACUAAGCAGUGAAACAAAACUGAACCAUCGCCUAAACGUAUAUCAUGAAGCGCUUAUGAGUGGACAUUCCAAUCAGGUGCGCGUGCUGAUCAAAAAAUUCUCGAAAAUACUUGAACGAGUAUUAACUGAUCACUGCAGAAGUGCUCAUCAGCGUUACUUGGUUUGUGCAUUAUCGCUGGUGAAUAUGUUGUAUGUUAAGGGACAUCUUCUCGAACCCAGACGGGAACCGAUCCUGACACCAUUUUUACACAAAGGAGACGAUACCGAUUUUCGGCUUUCAUUGCAGAUCUUCAAGGUAGUGCUGAAGUAUAUGAACGAUCGGACUUUGAGCAAGGAACAACUAGAUGAUCUUGGCCGAUAUAUUGUAAAGCAGGGUAUCGAAAAUCCAUGUCAACGAGACGAGAUAUUUGUGCAGUUGUGCAAUCAAAUCCACCGUAACCCUGAUAAAGAAGCUCAGUCAAGAUGUUGUCGAUUAUUGUUGCAUGCAGUCGGAACAUUCGCUCCCACAAAAUUGGUACUUCCGAUGUUAAUCAGCUUCUGUAGGCAACAACGACCAUCUCUCCAAACACAACUACUGAAUACUAUUGCGAGACGAAUGACUAUUCCGAACUAUGAGAUUGCUCGUCUUCUACCAGCAUCUGUUCUUGAGAUGAGAGCUAUUUACAAUCUUCGCAAUCCAGCUGUAGAGGUUUCCAGCCAGGAUGGACAGACUCAUGUUGUUGAAGCCCAUUCAUGGAUUACGAGUGAAAAAGGAAUUGGGAAUCCAAAUGGAUGGAGUGUUGAAGUAGAAACGAAGAAAAUGGUUUACCACCCGACCGGUGCACAUUUUCUGCACGAUGUUAUUUCGGAAAUAGAACUUGGAAAGGAAGAGAAUAAAAAAUCCUUUUUUUUUAACUAUCCCAACGAGAAAACACUACCUCCAAUGAACUCUAAAAAGACAGAUUUACAAGUUGGACAUACUCAAGUUAAAAUGUAA